AUGGGGCGCGAGGUGCCUCUCCGGGCGUGCCUCUUGCGGGCAGCGCUACUGCUCGCCCUCUGCCCCGCCGCCGGGGCCGGCACCUGGAUGUGGCUGGGCAUCACCGCUGCCGGCGGGCCGGAGAAACCGGGCUGCGCCAGCCCGCCGCUGAGCCGCCGGCAGCAAGACCUAUGCAAGCAGAAGCCGGAGCUGGUGCCCGCCAUCCGGGAGGGAGCGCGUCUGGGCCUCCAGGAGUGCCGCAGCCAGUUCCGACACGAGCGCUGGGACUGCCGCCCGCUGCCCUCCGCCCGCCGCGGAGCCACCGCCUCCGUUCCUGCCGCCUCCGUUCCCGCCGCCGCCGCCUUCGGGCACCAGCUUAGCAGCGGCACGAAGGAGACGGCAUUCAUAUACGCAGUGAUGUCGGCAGGCCUCGUGCAUUCGGUGACUCGAUCAUGCAGUGCUGGAAACAUGACUGAGUGCUCCUGCGACAUGAACCUGCGGCAUGGGGGUUCAGCCAGUGAGGGCUGGCACUGGGGCGGCUGCUCAGAUGAUAUCCACUAUGGAAUGUCAUUCAGCAGAAAGUUCCUGGACGUGCCCAUGAAGAACAUAACGGGCAAGAGCAGGAGUGGAUUGACAGCGAUGAACCUGCACAACAACGAGGCCGGGAGGCAGGCUGUAGCAAAGCUGAUGUCAGUGGAUUGCCGUUGUCAUGGUGUUUCUGGGUCCUGUGCUGUGAAAACUUGUUGGAAAACUAUGUCCUCCUUUGAAAAGAUUGGCCGUUUUUUAAAGGAUAAGUAUGAAAACAGCAUACAAAUAUCAGACAAACUGAAAAAAAAGCUACGCAGAAAAGAGAAAAGCCAGCGAAAAAUUCCAAUCGGGAAAGAAGACUUGCUGUAUGUGAACAAAUCACCCAAUUACUGUGUCGAAGACCAAAAACUGGGGAUUCCUGGGACUCAGGGAAGGGAAUGCAACCGCACCUCGGAGGGACCUGAUGGCUGCAACCUCCUCUGCUGCGGGCGUGGGUACAACACACACGUUGUCAGGCACGUGGAGAGGUGUGAAUGCAAAUUUGUCUGGUGCUGCUACGUGCGCUGCCGGAGGUGUGAGACCAUGACUGAUGUACACACCUGCAAGUAA